AUUCCACAACUCCUUGACACACAAGAGUUGGUUUCAUUUGCAAGUCUAUAAAUACUGCUCCCGGUUUUCUCCAAUUAAUUUCAUCCUGACUUUGUAAAACCCAGCAGUUUAUUGUUGUUGGGUUCCUGAUAUUGUUGUAUUAAAGAUGACGGUUGGGGCAGGAAUAACCGUUGAAGAUGGAAGUUUGAUGGUGUUGGGGAACAAGGUGUUGGGUGAAGUGCGUGACAACGUUGUUGUAACCCCGGCCUCCGGCGGUGCAUUGGCCAAUGGGGCCUUCAUCGGAGUUGAGUCUGAUCAGAAGGGUAGCCGGAGAGUGUUUCCGAUCGGUAAACUCGAGGGGUUGCGGUUUAUGUGUGUAUUUCGGUUUAAGAUGUGGUGGAUGACACAGAGGAUGGGGAGUAGUGGUCAAGAUGUGCCGUUUGAGACGCAGUUUUUGAUUGUGGAGACCAAGGAAGGUGGUCAUUUUGGUGAAGGAAGCAAUACUGAAGGGGAGGAAUCUGCUGUGUAUACAGUUUUCUUGCCGAUUCUCGAGGGGGAUUUCAGGGCUGUUCUUCAGGGGAAUGAACUGAAUGAGAUUGAAAUCUGCCUAGAAAGUGGAGAUCCUGAUGUUGAUGGAUUUGAGGGUAGACAUUUGGUUUUUGUUGGGGCUGGAUCAGACCCAUUUGAAGUCAUCACAGAUACUGUGAAGACUGUGGAGAAGCAUUUACAGACAUUUCAUCAUCGUGAGCGAAAGAAGAUGCCAGACAUGUUGAACUGGUUUGGCUGGUGUACAUGGGAUGCUUUCUACACUGAUGUCACUUCAGAGGGUCUAAAGCAAGGGUUAGAGAGCUUCGAAAAUGGUGGAGUGCCUCCGAAGUUUGUUAUUAUUGAUGAUGGAUGGCAAUCAGUUAGUAUGGAUUCCACUGGUGUUGGCUUCCUAGCUGAUAACACAGCAAACUUUGCAAACAGAUUGACAAAUAUUAAAGAGAACCACAAAUUUCAAAAAGAUGGUAAAGAGGGUCACAGAGUAGAGGAUCCAUCUUUGGGCCUUCGCCACAUUGUAUCUGAAAUUAAAGAAAAACGUGCUUUGAAGUAUGCUUAUGUGUGGCAUGCUAUAACUGGUUACUGGGGUGGUGUUAGACCUGGUGUUUCCGAAAUGGAACACUACGACUCCAAGUUGGCCUACCCUGUUUCAUCUCCAGGGGUUGAGUCCAAUGAGCCCUGUGAUGCCUUCAACAGCAUUGCCAAAAAUGGCCUUGGCCUUGUGAAUCCUGAGAAAGUUUUCCACUUCUAUGAUGAGCUCCACUCUUAUCUUGCAUCAGCAGGAAUUGAUGGGGUUAAAGUUGAUGUUCAAAACAUUCUCGAAACUUUAGGGGCAGGUCAUGGUGGAAGGGUGAAACUUGCAAGAAAAUACCAUCAGGCAUUAGAAGCGUCUAUUGCUAGAAACUUUCCUGACAAUGGUAUCAUUUCUUGUAUGAGCCACAACACAGAUGGUUUAUACAGUGCGAAGAGGACAGCUGUUAUAAGGGCAUCAGAUGAUUUUUGGCCUAGAGAUCCUGCAUCACACACAAUUCAUAUUGCAUCAGUUGCUUAUAACACUGUUUUUCUUGGAGAAUUCAUGCAGCCAGAUUGGGAUAUGUUUCAUAGCUUACACCCGAUGGCUGAAUAUCAUGGAGCAGCUCGUGCGGUGGGAGGAUGUGCAAUUUAUGUUAGUGACAAGCCUGGGCAGCAUGACUUCAAUCUUUUAAGGAAGCUUGUACUUACUGAUGGCUCCAUCUUGAGGGCUAAACUACCAGGAAGACCAACAAGGGAUUGCUUAUUUUCUGAUCCUGCUCGAGAUGGGAAAAGUCUUCUGAAGAUAUGGAAUCUGAAUGAUUUUACUGGAGUUGUGGGAAUCUUUAACUGCCAGGGAGCCGGGUGGUGUAAGGUUGGAAAGACGAACCUCAUCCAUGACGUAGAGCCGGGCACAGUUACAGGGGUUAUUAGGGCUAAAGAUGUUGAUUAUCUGCCCAAGGUUGCACAUGAGACAUGGACUGGGGAUGCUGUCAUAUAUUCCCAUCUUGGUGGAGAGGUGAUAUAUCUUCACAAGGAUGCAUCUCGGCCAAUUACUCUGAAAUCCCGAGAGUACGAAGUUUUUACAGUGGUUCCUGCUAAGAAAUUGUCUGAUGGUGUAACAUUUGCUCCCAUCGGCCUAAUCAAGAUGUUCAAUUCUGGGGGAGCCAUAAAAGAAUAUGAAUCUAAGAGCAGUACAACAGUUGACUUGAAAGUUCAUGGGUCUGGUCUAUUCGGAGCAUAUUCAUCAGCUCGACCAAAGAGGAUAACAGUUGAUUCGGAGGAUAUGGAGUUUGGAUAUGAAGUUGAAUCGGGUUUACUCACCAUUGAUUUGAGAGUUGCAGAGAAAGAAUUGUACCUUUGGAACAUCACCAUUGAACUUUGAGGAUUAUCAUGCAUGUGUUGUAGUUACCAGGGUAUUGUGUUAGAAACUUCUGUAGGUUUAGAGGGAAAUAAUAUCUGUAGCCUGUAGUUGUAUUCAUAAGUUGGGACAGAAAUGCAGACUGCUAUUCUUCUCUGCAUGAUCCCCUUCUUGUUGUAUUCAUUAAAAUUGGAAGUGAAAUGCAAUGUGCUUUUAUUCUCUGCA